AUGAAAGUUGUUGUCGCACACAGGCCUCCUUUCGUCUUUGUGACCAACACGUCCACAGGGCCGCUCUUUUCAGGCCUUCUAAUUGACCUCCUCAACAGGAUUUUGCUUACGGGUAAUGCAACUUUCCAAUAUCACAUAUACGAGUCCGAAGUAAACGCCGGAGGAGCAGAAAUCAAUGGGACGUGGAACGGUGUCGUCGGCGAGCUCGUGGCCAAGCGAGCAGAUGUCGCUCUGUUUCCCUUGACUCGGACUGCUGCCCGCCUCGCAGCCGUCGACUGCACUUACUCGUACUACGAUGCUGGACUGGCGUUGCUUGUGGGGGACGGUAAGACUGGCCCCGGCCCGCUGUCUGUCCUGGCCCCCUUCUCUGGCCCCCUAUGGAUCACACUGCUGUUCACUGUGAUUGGCGUGGCGCUGCUGUUCUGGGGGCUGGAUGCGUACGGCAAGUGGAUCCGGAACAAACAGCUCAACACGCUUCAGGUCUCCGGGAUGCUUUCCGAGGAAGAGCUGGCGCAAGCGAGGAAUGGGGACUACAAUCCCGUGAUGAUGAGCUUCAUGGCGGCUGCGGGUGCCCCAGAGCGACCUGAACGCAAUAGCUGGGGCGUACAGGACCUGGUCAAGGAAAACGCACUGGUGGGGGUAAACCCCAGCGGCUCCACUGCUGCCUACUUCACCGCCAGCAAGGAUUCCCUGGCCAUGCAGCUCCAGCAGAAUGUACUGUACUGCAAUACAGCCACCUGCGUGGAAUGGGUGCGACAGGGAGUAGUGCGGGCCUUCGUAACCGAUCAGCCGGUGUUGCUCUACCUAUCGCAGCGGCAGCCUUGCGAUGUGAGGGUGGUGGGGGAUCCCUUCGGACCAGGUAACUUGGUGAUUGGGCUGCAAAAGAACUCCUCUCUGCUGCCGUUUUUUAACUCAGCUCUGCAGAUUUUCUCGGAGGACGGCACACUGAGUUUGCUGCGACGCAUCUGGUUUGAUGGACUGAGCCAGUGCGAUGGCAACGAUGCUGAGCUGGACAGCAGUCGUCUCACCAUUAGCCAGAUGAUUGGGGCCUUUGUGCUUUUGGCGAUUGGUAUCCUCAUUGCCUUUACCACCGGCACUGUGGAGAACCUGAAAUGGUGUCUUGCUCGGACCUAUUCAAGGUCUUCCUGUUCGGAGCACAGUGCCCGGUGUGCAGAACUUAGUAUUAUCGAUCAUAAAAUAGGUAUGAGGGGCCGUAAGAAGGUCAAGCCCCAGACCUUGCAUACCUACACUGUGCGCAACUCGGAUAACCAGCUUCCUCGCAACCCGUCCCUUCUGAGGCAAGCCUUCCGCCUGCGCACUUCUGCAUGGCACCGUAUCUCUGUCGCAUUGUUGGGCUUUAUCAAGCCACAGUUGGCGACAACAGGAGACCGCUCCUCACCGCCAAUGUCGAUUCAGAGCCACCGUACGGAAACGUCCAUAAUAACCUCUUUUCGGAAGUCGCUGUCAAAGCGGAGACGUACAAUAAACGAAGAUGGUGACGGCGAUGGUGAUGGCGAUGGCGGUGUUGCUGGCAGUAGCGGUACCGCCACUGCUACUGCUACUGCAACUGCGACUGCACUUGCUAUUGGUGAUGGAGUACUGCCUCAUGAUGUUGUGCUCGUUGUGAGGGAUAGCAGGGACACGGCAGCUGGCGGCAGCCAUGACCCUGAUGACGGUGGCAAUAAUAAUGGCUUACCUGUGGCUGCUACCACCUCCUCUCGGUCGGAUGCGGUGGAAAGCAGUGUUGCAGCGGAAACCCUGACGAAGCCGGUGGUACACACUAACAACUCACUGGCCGCCCACAAAGAUGAGCCCUACAAAAAUGACCGGAAGUUAUCUGCAGCGCAGCAGUCCUCUGGCUGCCAGAACAGCACCAACCCUGUGCACCAACAUCAGCUGCUACAAGGAACGUCAUCACCACCACGAACGCCGCUGAUAAUGCCAGUGACAGUUACACCAUCCGGCCGCCUGUCAUCAAAGAUGUGGCCCGCACCACGGGCCCCAACUUAUAGCAGCAGUGGUGCGGUUGGAGGUAAUAACGGCAGGAAUACGAUAAGCGGUGGAGGCGAUCGGGAUGCUGGGGGGGCGGCUACUGCCGGCCCGCUGCAGAGGCCCUCACUGCCACCCAUGCUUCUGCCACUGAGGCCCAGAUCAGGCAGUGGGGCCACUACAUCGGCAUCUCCAGCGCAGCAAAAUAAGCUGAUGAUGGCACUUCGCGGCGUCAGCACCGCCAGCCAGAAGAGCAGGAGUAGUAUCAAGGAUGAAGGUGGAGGGGGUAAAGGUGGCGGGGCCAGGGUGUUGCUGGCCUCUGCACCAGUGAACAUAGCAGCAGCAGUGGUGACAGCAGCGACAGCUGCAUCUCGGCCGCUGAGUGAGAAGGGUAAUGAUGAUAGUAGCAGCAGUAGUGGUGCAUCUGCCAUCUGCAACAGCCUCGGAGGCGGAGCCCAGCAGGAUCCUGAUCCAGAUCCAGAUCUGGUAGGUAGAUGA